AUGUCCAACAGCAGCUCCAUCACCCAGUUCCUCCUCCUGGCAUUCACAGACACACGGGAGCUGCAGCUCUUGCACUUCUGGCUCUUCCUGGGCAUCUACCUGGCUGCUCUCCUGGGCAACGGCCUCAUCAUCACCACCAUUGCCUGUGACCACCACCUCCACACCCCCAUGUACUUCUUCCUCCUGAACCUCUCUAUUCUUGACCUGGGAUCCAUCUCCACAACUCUCCCCAAAGCCAUGGCCAAUUCUCUCUGGGACACCAGGGCCAUUUCCCACAUAGGAUGUGCAUGUCAGGUCUUUCUGUUUGGUUUUUUUAUUUCAGCAGAAUAUUCUCUUCUGACGGUCAUGUCCUACGACCGCUAUGUUGCCAUCUGCAAACCCCUGCACUACGGGACCCUCCUGGGCAGCAGAGCUUGUUUCCACAUGGCAGCAGCUGCCUGGGGCAUUGUUUUUCUCUAUGCUCUGCUGCACACGGCCAAUACAUUUUCCAUGCCCCUGUGCAAGGGCAAUGCUGUGGACCAGUUCUUCUGUGAAAUCCCCCAGAUCCUCAAGCUCUCCUGCUCACACUCCUACCUCAGGGAAGUUUGGCUUCUUGGGGUUAGUGCCUGUUUAGCAUUUGGCUGUUUUGUUUUCAUUGUGGUGUCCUAUGUGCAGAUCUUCAGGGCCGUGCUGAGGAUCCCCUCUGAGCAGGGACGGCACAAAGCCUUCUCCAUGUGCCUCUCUCACCUGGCAGUGGUCUCCAUGUUUAUCAGCACUGCUAUGAUUGCCUACUUGAUGCCCCCCUCCAUCUCCUCCCCAUCAUUGGGUCUUGUGGUGUCAAUUCUGUACUCGGUGGUGCCUCCAGCAUUGAACCCCCUCAUCUACAGCUUGAGGAAUCAGCAGCUCAAGGAUGCAGUGUGGAAACUGAUAACUUGGUGGUUCUAUCAAACAAUAAACUGCCGAGGUUCUGCAUAG